AACCUAUGUGCAGAUGUAAUAGUCUGAUAAUAAUAAUAAUAUUAACAAUCCAAUUAUUGAUGUCCAAAAACAAAAAUAUUUCCCGUCCAACCCCAUUACGGGAGCUGACGUCACCGCCGGUCACAAUGCACGGCCAUCACCCUCAUCCAUAUCCUCUUUCCUUUCUCCUUCCAAUCCUACAAUUCCUUCUUUUCUCUUAUUACCCUACACUCCCCUCCCCCUCCGGAGCACUUUAGCACCCGAAACCACCACUCCCCACCAUGGACCCCAGCCCCUCCGCCGCCAUAACCCGGCCUCACCACGGUGGCCGCGAAGAUUGUUGGAGCGAUGGCGCCACUGGGACACUAGUCGAAGCCUGGGGUGACCGUUACAUAAAUCUUAACAGAGGUAACCUCCGUCAAAAAGACUGGAAAGAAGUCGCUGACGCCGUCAACAACCGUCAAAACGGCGUCAAACCCAAAAAGACCGACAUCCAGUGUAAAAACCGAAUCGACACAUUGAAGAAAAAAUACAAGAUCGAAAAAUCCAAGCCCCCUCCGUCGACUUGGCCGUUUUAUUAUCGUCUCGAUUCUCUCCUCGGCACUAACAGUAACUCUACUAACACUUUCAAGAAACCUACCUGCGUUACUUUCACGGUGAAGUCAAAGACAAAGCCUCAAAAUGAUGCUUAUCCAGGCUUGGCAAGUUGUGGGGAGAGCUCUUCUGACGACGACGAUAUGGCGUGGUUUGAUGAGAGAGUGAAAAAGAAACGGCAUAGAAUGGAGGAUGUAGAUUUAUCUGAUGGGGCUGCGUGUAGGGAAUUAGCGAGAGCGAUAUUGAAGUUUGGAGAGAUAUAUGAGAGAAUUGAGAGUUCGAAACAGCAGCAAAUGAUAGAGUUGGAGAAACAGAGAAUGGAGUUUACUAAAGAAGUUGAGUUUGAAAGAAUGAAUUUGUUUGUUGAUGCUCAAUUGGAGCUCAAAAAGAAGUCUUUCAGCCGCGAUAAAUUUGCUUCCAGUUCAGGGAAGAAGUUGUAGUUGAUAUUGCUCAAAAAUCUAAUUUUCAAAAGGGGACUCCAGUGUGUAAAUCUCCAUGAAAGCCCUCCUUUGAUCUCUAGCAGAAGAGUGGAAGUCCUCUACCACAACAUCCCGAGUCUGUCACAUCUUCAACUGAUUCAACUUUGAAGCUUUUAAAGAAUGAUUAUGACCAACCUCUGCCGUAUUCAUGGCUGUAACAUUAUUCUGCAUGCAUCAUAAGUUGUUAUGCUGAAGAUUUUCUGUACUUUGUAAUCUUCGAAACUGCAACCUGUGUCAUCUCCUUACAUUCUUAAGCAUCGUAUUCUCCAUUCAGUGAUAAAUAUAUGAUCAGCUUGUAUCUCAGCAAAGGCACCCCGUGCUGAUUGAGCUUGUCUCUCUUGCAAAUGAUGUUCAUGGGACACCAGAGGAUAAAAAGGGCAAUGAAUGAUUACCUAUUACUGUUCA